ACCACCCUACUAAACUAAACACGUUACAGGCAUUCUUCAGAGUUGAGAGUUGAGACAAAGAAAGAGAGAGAGAGUGGAACGUUAAAAAUAUAGUUUAUAAACGUUCUGAUCCUUAUAUUGAAACGCCAGAUAGAUAAAUAGAUAGAUGCUCCCAAAGUCCGCCCUCUAGCUCUAGCUCUAGCUCUGGCUCUAGAAGUUCCAUUAAUAAAUCCAUCAUAUUUGUUUGCUCAUAACAGUCGUAACUACGUACUGAUAUAGCUAUACAAUGGAUCCGUGUGCGUUCGUUCGGUUAAUGGUGGAAUCACUGGCUCUAAAGCUACCACAAGCAACGAAACCAGCAGGUACAGGUGUACACCCAUCAACCACACCCUGUUUCUGCAACUGCAAGCUUCGGAUAAAGAACUUUCCUUCCCAAACCCAAACUGCCCUCGUUCCACUCUGCUCUACCACACCUGCAGGAGACUCCCCGCCUGACUCAGACGCUUCCGCCGGGUUUAACCUAGACCCCACCGCUCUCCGCCGAGGGAAGGCCAUCACUCUCCGUGUGUCGGUCUACACGGGCAGAAUGGGGCGUACCUGCGGUGUCUCCAGUGGAAAGUUAUUGGGCCGGGUCAACAUCAGUGUAGACUUGGAGGGAGCUCAGGCCCGGCCCAUAGUGUUCCAGAAUGGUUGGAUGAAGCUGGGGAAUAACUCGGCUAGGAUACAUAUACUGCUCCGCUCAGAACCGGAUCCCCGCUUCGUUUUCCACUUCGGCGGUGAACCUGAGUGUAGCCCUGUUGUUUUCCAGAUUCAACACAAUAUUAGGCAACCGGUUUUCAGCUGCAAGUUUAGUGCGGACCGGAACUCCAGAUCCAGGUCUCUCCCAUCAGAUUUUACCAACACUACUAAUAGAGGAUGGAUGAGAACCUUUUCUGGAGACAAGGAACGAUCAGGAAGGGAAAGAAAAGGGUGGAUGAUAAUGAUAUACGAUCUCUCUGGUUCACCUGUGGCUGCUGCUUCCAUGAUCACUCCAUUUGUACCUUCACCAGGCACUGAUCGCGUGUCUCGAUCAAAUCCGGGUGCUUGGCUUAUUCUCCGCCCUAAUGGGUUCUCCGUUAGCAGUUGGAAGCCAUGGGGACGUCUCGAGGCAUGGCGAGAGAGAGGCCCUAUUGAUGGCCUAGGCUACAAAUUUGAGCUUGUUACUGACAAUGGCCCAACUAGUAGCAUUCCCAUUGCUGAAGCUACAAUGAGUAGCAAAAAGGGUGGCCAAUUUUGCAUUGAUAGUAGGCUACUUAGAGAUUCUGCAUUGAGUUCAAGGUCACCUGUUAAAGGGUUUGUGAUGGGUUCAACUGUGGAAGGUGAAGGAAAAGUUAGCAAGCCUGUUGUACAAGUAGGGAUGCAGCAUGUAACUUGUAUGGCUGAUGCUGCCUUAUUCAUAGCACUUUCAGCUGCCAUUGAUCUUAGCAUGGACGCUUGCCGAAUGUUCUCACAUAAACUCAGGAAGGAACUUUGCCAUGAUGACCAAGAUUCCUCUUUCUAAAGACUAAAACUUUGUUUUAAACCCAUUCUCUUUUGCAAAAUACCCCCACUAAAGCUAUGAUAAUCAACUAGCUGUUGCACAUUAUGAGUAAAGCCUUGUUGGUUUGAGCAAAAAUAUACAUAUGCCUCUUCUUUUUUGUCCCUAAUUUUUCACCACGAUUUUUUUCCUCACAACUCUUCGACUUAAACUUUUCCCCAUAUUCUUUAAUGUGGCCUCCUAUCUCCUAUUUGGUUUGUGAGACGAUCUUCUUGAUUUUGGUCCUCGCGAGUCACAACGCCUUGCUGGUUUUUGUUGCCAUCAGUUUGGGUUUUGUUGAGUAUAUUAUGGUAGGUAAUUUCUCUUAUGACUGCAUUGUUCCAUGUAUAAGUCUUGAACUUACAAAUUGAUACUGUACAGACAAAAAAGGGCAAUUGGUUGUUAAUAUUUGUUGUUUAUAAUUUAUAUUUCCAUAAUAUGAUUGGUCGAUUGAUUUAUUUUGAA